AUGCUCAUUAAUCGAACGACGAGGGUACUUGGCUUGCUGUCAUCCAGAGUCGAACCAGUCUCGCAUUCACCGUUGUCGAGAUAUGUUGCAUGCGGCCAAAAGUACAGCCGGGCACUGAGCAGCACGACGCAGACCACCAUUCCCUCAUACACCGUGAACAAAGACCGGCUAUGGAAGACUAUCCACGAUACUGCGCAAUGGGGUGCGACUCCAGAUGGAGGGAUCCGUCGCCUGGCACUGACUGACACGGACAAAGCCGUCCGGGAGUGGUUCGUCUCCACGACGCAGUCAUUAGGAUGCACCGUCAAGGUCGACGAGAUGGGCACCCUAUUUGCUACGCGCGCGGGCAUCUCCACUUCCCUUGCCCCCAUCGGAAUUGGGAGCCACUUGGACACCCAACCGGCCGGUGGCCGCUACGAUGGGAUUCUGGGCGUCCAGGCGGGCGUUGAGAUCCUACGAGUCCUCGAGGAGAACGGUCAUCAGACAUAUGCGCCGCUGGCGGUCAUAGACUGGACAAAUGAGGAAGGUGCCCGGUUCAACACCGGCAUGGUUUCGUCUGGUGUCUGGUCUGGGCGGUACAACUUGGACUAUGCUCACGCGCUUCCGGCUGCUGAUGACGAGACCAAGACGGCGACCUUGAAAAGUGAAUUGCAGCGGAUUGGGUUCCUGGGAACAGUACCCGCAUCAUAUAAGGCAAAUCCUUUGAGCGCGCAUUUCGAGCUGCACAUCGAACAGGGGCCAGUCCUUGAGGAUGAGGGUAAGAAGGUAGGUAUCGUGACUGGUGUGCAGAGCAUGGGGUGGCUCAUCAUCACCGUUCAUGGUAAAAACCAGCACUCGGGCACAUGCCCGAUGGACCGGCGGGCAUGUGCACUUACAUCCGCUGCCCGCAUGAUAUCACGCGUGGAGGAGAUCGCGCUUGCUGCGAAUGGCCUCUCGACGGUCGGCGUCAUCAACUCGUGGCCCCAGUCGCCAGCUACCGUGCCUCACAAAGUUGUCUUCAGUGUCGACUUGAGCCACCAUUCGACCGAGGUGCGGGAAGGCAUGAUUGCAGAGACGUGCGCAGAGUUCGCCCGUAUUGCACAGGAGAACAAAUGCACGGUUGAGAUCGAAGACAUCUGGAACAGUCCGGCCGUGCAGUUCCAUGAGGAUUGUAUCAGUUGUGUGCGAGAGGCGGCACGAAACGCAGCUGGGGAGGAGAAUGUCAAGGAAAUGAUGGCAGGUGCUGGCCACGACAGUGUGCACACCAGCGACAGGUGUCCAACAAGCAUGGUGUUUGUGCCGUCAAAGGGAGGAAUCUCGCAUCAUCCAGACGAGUAUUCUUCUCCAGAGCAAUGUGCUAUCGGAGCCCAGGUCUUGCUUGAGAGUGUGCUGCGGUACGACGAGCAAUUGCGCAAGGCUGCCAUUUAA